CAACACAUUUCACUAUAUAAUUUUAAUCAUUAUUAAUUGAAUAAUUUUGUUAUUUAUAAUGUUAUAAAGUCGAUGGUAAUUUUAAAAAUGAAAAUUUCAAAUUAAUAUUAUUGGAAUAGAGGUAUGAGUUGUAGGAAUUUGGUCGAUCUAAAAUUUGAGGAGGUAUAGGGAGAGGUAUCUGCUAUGGAUGAUGACCUAAUAUACAUUGUGAUUGAAAUAUUGAAUCAGUUUACUUUAUCGAAUUAUCAUAACUGGUUGUCCCCAUUUUUGCAGCUCUCUUCGUCUGUACUAUUGUAUAAAUUUAACACGUAAAAUUCCCAAAAUCAGAAAGUUGCAUGAUGUCGACCUAUGUUAUAUUCUGUAUUAAUAAAUCAGAUUAGAAUUCCUUUCGAAACUUCCUAGUUACUAAUCACAAUUCACAAGAAGUACGAUUGCGGCGCACAGUGUGACGCGGGAUGAAGAAAACAACUAGUACUUGAAAAAUUAAAUAUUGAUUAAACUGUUGUUGUAUCUAUUUCCUAGAAUUUUCCCUCGACAACUUGUAGAUUUUCAGGAAUCUCAAUCAAGCUCUUUUGCAAUCAUUAAAUUACUAUUGAGUGUGAGAUAUUAGUGCAUCGAAAUUUUCUUUAUUUCACGUCUGGUUGGAACUAAACUUGCAAUUUCCGUGUUAGGUGGCGUCUACUAUAGUUGACUUUGACCACAGUAAUUUAUAAAAGUCAACUCUUUGCCUCUUGAUAUGUGUUUUCUUCAACUUAGUGUAUACGGACGGAGUACUAUUUAUGUGUUCGUCUGAUCGUCUCUAUUUGAAAAAGUGAGAAGAAGCUCAACUCAAUGGCUACAGUUGCAAGAGUAAUAGUUCUGCUAUGGGUAGACAUAUUGGCCAUGUACGCCAUGUACAUGAUGAUGGCAUACUUAACCAACGUAUGGAAGCUCGGUUUCACACGCGCCGCCGCAAUUGUGAACGUCUUUUGGGGUGUGACGACGAUAUUACCGUUACCCCUAGCAUUCCUAGCUGAAACCAUAACAGGAAAUUACUGGAUGCUCCUCCUCUCCAGCUUCUCUUACAGCGCUGGAUUAGGGUUCUUGGCAAUGUCGACUCCACCGGUGCUGGGGCGUACAAUGGGAAGAUGCAGAGAGUACAACCCGGAAUGCAUAGGGCAGGGCCAGAGAAUCCUCUUCUACACCGCGCUGCCUUUGAUAGCAUUCGGCAUGUCGGGCCACAUGACCUGUUGGAACUCAUUCAUGGCAGAGCAAUUUAUUCGAGUAGAAGGCGAAGUUGAGGACGAGGACGAGUUCGACAAUGCUGAGAGAACCUUCUGGAAGUUCUUUUACAGCGUUUUGGCCACCAUCGUCCUCACCUUUGUCGCAGUUUUAGGCCUUCCCUAUAUAAAGCCAUGGUCUGUUAGGUUCGGGAUUCCGGCCAUAUGCACUCUCGUCGCCACUCUCCUCUUCUUUAGCGGAUCCUGUUCUUACAAGUAUUUCCCGCCGCUGGGAAGCCCUUUAACGGUGUUCUUUCGGGUUUUCGUUGCUGCUGUUUCCAAGCUGUUUUAUCGAAUCCCGAGAGAUCCUAAGGAGUUGUUCGAGGUUAAUCAUCCUCAACUCUACGUCAUUCCGCACACAAAGAGUCUCAGGUGUUUGGACAAGGCUGCAGUUGUGAUGCCUACAAAGCCUCUAGAGGAGCAAGCCGAGAAUCCAUGGCGACUCUGCACAGUGACCGAAGUGGAGGAGACAAAAACGAUCAUACGCAUGAUUCCUGUGUGGAUGACAUUCAUUUUGUGUGGCGUCGUCAACGCCAUCGGCUUCACCUACUUCGUCGAGCAACUGGACCAUCUGGACCACAAAGUCGGCCGCCUCAAGCUCCCCUCGGUAGCCCUCCUCUGGCUCUUCGACCAAACUCAGAACCAGAUCGCGAAACUAUACGGUAUGCUAGCAAAUCGCUUAGCCCAAUCGGGGUCCAUAAAGUUCGCUCCUCCACUCGGGAUCGCAGUAUCAAUGAUACUGGCGAUCCUGUGCUGCAUCACCGCGGCUAAAGUGGAGGACCGGAGGCUCAGGGUGGUGCAAAGGCAUGGACUAGUGGAAAAGCCGGACGAGACAGUGCCGAUGACCAUGUUUUGGCUGCUUCCGCAGUUUGUUCUGCUCGGGGCUUCGACUGGAAUAUUUAACUAUAGUGCGCUUUGCUUCUUUGUGGAUCAAUCCCCUGUUUCGACGCGGAGGUACUUGCCGUUUAUGAUAAGCGCUGUGUUUGGUGUUGGGAUUCUGGGAAGUGUGGUGUCGGUUUUUGUUGCGGGGAAAGUGAGUGAAAGAGGGGGGAAACGGAAUUGGUUUCAGCAUGAUUUGAAUGGGAGUAGGCUGGAUAAGUACUAUUGGAGUUUGGCUUGGUUGAUGGCCGUCAAUCUUGUGGUUUUUGUGGUCGUCGCAAUAUUUUAUCGGUAUAAGGAAUCGGAGCUGCAAGAUUUGGGAGGUGGUGAUUUUGGUGGGAUUGAUGAAGGGUAUGAUGAAAACUCUAAAUGUUGUUGUUGUUUGUGUUAGAAACUUGUUACCUGCGAUUAAACAAAAAACUUGUCUGUUUUUAUUUUUCUUACGUUCUUUCUCAACUUGUGCACUGUAAGAGAAAAAAAGUAGUUUGAAAUUGUGCGGUGGACUUUUGUGAGAAAUUAGUAAAGUAAGUGAAAAAAAGUCAUUUAUAUUGACAUAA